GCGACCGCCACAUUUGAGACCUUUGUCAAGUUUCCUUCAGUAGUGUGGAGGGCUGUGUUGUUGUGGUGGCUUUUGAUUCGACUAAGAAACUACAAAUCCUUCUAGCGGUUGAAUCUUUGGAGCUAAGGAUAAAGUUGAGUUGAAAUUCAUUGUUAAAUUAUUCAUAUUAGCCAGGUAACUGUAAGGUUAUAAAGUUGAACCAGGGCGAUUCAUAAGGCAGUAAACGAAAUAGAACGAAAGAUCUUUUUGGAGCUCUUACUGUUAAAUCGUGUUUUACAAAUUAUAGGUCCCAAAAAAGAAGGCUGCUCCAUUUACAUAGUUAUUAAGUCAUCACCACAUAUCGGAGCUGGAAAACACAGUCCUGUACAUUUGUGUACUGUGGAUACAGCAUACAUGAAUAAUGAUUUUUUCGAUUAAUAUCAACACAGCAUCUGCCAGCCAAUGAGAUGUGACCAAUGCGUUUGUGAUUUCAAAGAAAGUCAUACGAUGCAAGAAAUGGAGUAAUUACAGCUAUUAAAAGUGACCUUGUUACAUUUUAUGCAAUGCACUGCUCAUGCGAUUGUAUUAAAGCAUGAUCUGUGAGCAAACUUCAGUUGGGAGUUUGCAUUUUAUUUGAAUAGAUCAUGGGCCGUAGAACCAUGAAUUCUUGUCCUUGCUUGUUGUCUUAUUUGUUGUUCAUCUUACAAAUGAUACUUUGUAAUGUGUGAACCCAAUGCUACAGAGGUUAACCUUCUGACCCCCUGAUCCCAAGAGUUUUGUUCACAUCCAUAGUCGUUUCAAACCCAGUCAUUUUGUUCCCAAGUGCAGUCAAUUUGUACCCAAGUUUGAGUUGGUUCGUACCUGAUUCCUACUUAGACUGCAUAUGGAUUCACAGGUGGUUGACUAGGAUCCUCUAACAAAAGUUAUUCGAAGCAGGUAUAUUGCUAUUCACAGUAAGAAACCAACCUUCACUUUAAACAUACUUAACAUGGAUAAACAUAUAAUUUUAGUUUGGGUAUGAAAUGACCAAGCUGGGUACCAAAUGACUUAACAAGGUACGAAACAACUGGGUAUGAAACCACUAUGGGUACAAAACAAUUGGUAAAUCCACCAAAUAUGAUGAAUGAAAGGCUGGCAAUUGUGUGUAAAAAUGAACAUAAUAGGGCAAAGAAGAUGGUUGGUUAGUCUUAUGUUGAGAUAUACUUGAACUGUAAUUAGAGAUUGAUUAUAUUUUCUUAAGAAUUGAGGGAUCAAUCCUUGCCUCUCUUUUAGAACGUGUCUAUAAAACCUACAUACAGGCUGUACCUUUUGCUUUUUUUUUUUUACACAGUUAGCUAUACUGAACUCAGAGGUCACCAACACAGGUUGAAUAUGAUUAUUUCCUCUUGAAGUCAUUAACAGAAUGACUACAAAAUACAUUGUACCGCACCAGAGGUGUUGUCUUCGAUAGCAGUUGUUGGUCACAAUGGAAGAGGAGAAAACAACGAAACGUUCUCCAAGAAAAGCUAAGAGAAAACAGUUUUUUGACAGUGGUGCUGUGUCUAAUAUAAAAGGAGAGAAAUUUAGAGCAUGCGAGAAAGCUGGCUGCCCAGCCUCGAGACCAACUUGCUGUGCAAGAUUUGAUGAAACCUGUGCUGGAUGUGGCUAUACUUCAAGAUGGUACCACAUGUCGGAUGGGGAGCAUUUCUGUAAUGCCUGUUUUGAUUACAUGUAUCGUAGAAUGCAACACAGUGUCCCUGGCCAGGGAUUGUACCUGGACCACUUUCUCAGGAGUUGCGGCGGCCUCGUCGUUAGUGUGCUUGACUCCAGAUCAAGUGGUCCGGGUUCGCGUGAACAGGGAAAAAAGAAAGCAGUGAGCCCAUGCAGUAUUCCAAAAGAUGAGAGAAUAUCAGCUGUGAACAGUGCAGAGUGGCUGGAUAGCUUGACAGAACCUCCUCUGCUUCAAAACUGCCCUGCAGCUCAAUUCCUUGGGUCCUAUUUUCCGGAUGGUGUUGGCCUGAGCCCCACGUCAAACAACUGGAGGUGCAAAGUGGAAGAUUCUGCAGGAUAUGUUCAACUGUUUUAUCAUCCAGAGAAUACACACACAGCAUACACUAUCCGCCCAGAUGUCAUGGAACCUGAAGAACAAGAAACCUUCCCUGAAUAUGUUAGACAACCAAUGCUGUAUCUUGCUUUACGAAAUGUCAUUUUAUCUCUGUGGAUGCUGAACCACAAAGAGUUUCUAACACCAGAAAAGUGUGCACAGUAUAUCAUUGUGAGAGGCCUGGUCAGAGUAUUGAUGGUUACAGAGGCUAAACGUGUCCUGUUUUUUCUGACAAAGAAAGGAUUUGUCAAUCAUGGUAUUUUAGGAAAAGUGCCUAAAGUUCUCAGCACACCAAAGGCUGCAAGGCUUUCUGUCAUUGUAAUUGGUGCUGGAGCAGCAGGUUUGGCUGCGGCAAGACAUCUCACUACUUUUGGUGUUAAGGUGACAGUUGUUGAGAGUCGAAACAGGAUAGGAGGGCGUGUGUGGGAUGACACACAUUCUUUAGGAUGCUGUGUUGGUACAGGAGCACAAAUACUGAAUGGCUGUGUGAAUAAUCCAAUAUCAGUGUUGUGUGAGCAGGUGGGUCUUCCCAUGCACCACAUUACCAGCAACUGUGAUCUUCUUACAGAGGAAGGCCAGUGUGUAGAUGCGAGCACAGAUAGUAAAGUUGAAUUUCACUUCAAUGCCCUCUUAGAUGCUAUUGCUGAACACAGGGAAGAUGCAGCAGAGGAUCAAUCUUUAGAAGACACGGUACAGGAGAUGCACAGGUUGUUCUUGGAAGAGACCCAAGUAUCGUUUAGUGAAGUAAGAGCUCAAACCUUAAUCCUCCUCUCAAGCUAUAGUAAAGUUGAAUUUCACUUCAAUGCCCUCUUAGAUGCUAUUGCUGAACACAGGGAAGAUGCAGCAGAGGAUCAAUCUUUAGAAGACACGGUACAGGAGAUGCACAGGUUGUUCUUGGAAGAGACCCAAGUAUCGUUUAGUGAACUUGAAGACAAGCUGCUGCAAUUUCACUUGGGAAAUCUUGAGUUCAGCUGUGCUGCUCCACUCAGUAAAGUUUCAUCCAUGUCCUGGGAUCAAAAUGAAGAGCUUCCUCAGUUUUGUGGUGAUCACACUCUUCUUCAACAUGGCUUUGGUGUUCUCUUGAACAAACUUGCUGAGAAUUUGGACACCAAGCUCCAGUAUGAAGUAAAGGAAAUUAAUUACGAAAACAAAAAUGUAAUGGUUACAAGUUCUGAUGGGAGGCAAAUGACAGCAGACAAGGUGAUUGUUACUGUUCCACUGUUCUUGUUGAAGUCAGAAAAACUGAAAUUCAUUCCUGCACUCCCACUGAGGAAGCAAGCUGCCAUAUCAAAUCUUGGAGCUGGUCUUAUAGAAAAGGUCAUUUUAAAAUUCAAAUACAAAUUCUGGGAGAAAGUUGUCCAAGAAGCAGAUUUUUUUGGGCAUGUUCCCCAAUCACAUGAAGGGCGUGGUCACUGUGGCCUCUUUUAUAACCUAAGUAAAAAGGGAAAUGAAAAAAGCAAAAAGACAAGCUAUGUUCUAAUGACUGUGUUAUGUGGAGAGACAGCCUUACAAGCACAAACAAUGACCGACAAGGAGGUUGUGGAUUCAUGCAUGAACACACUUCGCAAGCUUUUUGCAUACAAGAUUCCAGAGCCUGAAGCUUAUUUGGUAACACACUGGGGGAAGGAUCCUUUCUCAGGCAUGGCUUACUCAUACAUUCCUAUUGGCAGCAGUGGAGAGGAGUAUGAUCAUAUGGCUUCUGAGGUUGAUAACAAGCUAUAUUUUGCAGGAGAGGCAACAAAUCGACAAUUUCCACAGACAGUUACUGGAGCCUACUUGAGUGGAAUCAGAGAAGCAGAAAAGAUUAUAUCAUAUUUGGAAACUGGCACGUGACAUCAGACAAAGAGGUAUCACCAGUUCAACAAUACAUCGUUCUGUGUAGACUGAGCAGAAACAGACGCCCAUGAUAAUGGAAGUAAAUCUCUCAUUAUAGAAAAUAUUAUUUGCAGAUGAUUAACUGCCUUAAAAGCUUCCCUUCUCCUCUUUUAAAUCAAACUAUUAACCUCUUCUCCUUUACCUUUCGUUACAAAUUUGUAAGAGAACAUGGCACUUAAUCAAGACUUUCUCUGGCUGUUAAUUGUUUCAGUAAUUACCACCUGUUUGCCAUAUACAUGUAGAUAUUGAAAGGAGGUAGUUGCAAAUCAAGGACCUCACAGUGAAAGGGUUAAUUUGUGUUGUUGAAGGAGAACUGUAAUAACUAUUAUUAUUGAGAAGAUAAACUUUUGAUUCAGAAUUAAAUGUGGUAGAAUAAAUUAGUUAAUGACAUGGCACUAAUUUGUUCUGCUAUUGGGGUACAAAAAUGUACUUCUAUGUUUUGUCCCAUGUUAUGGCAGUGCUUCUUUAAUUGUUGACAAAGGCAAUUGCAAAUGCCUUCUUUGCAAGACAUGUGAUAAGUAUAACAGACAGACAACAUGUUUACAUCCUUGAUGCUUCCCAGUUGAGAUCAUACAUACAAUUCAGGUGGGCAACAAAAUAAAAUUGUGCAUGUGCACGAGUGCACAGUUUAAACCUUACAGUGAUCUGAAUUGGCUGGCAAAAGGCUGUAAACAGGUUAGCCAAAUAAAUUGACUUGAACUGCAUCAAGAUAUCAGUAUAUCCUCUUUGUUCAAGUUUCAUCACAUCAUUCAUUUGAUAGACAAUUUGUUUAGUUCAAGUUAUUAGUUAAUAUUCAUCACCCCCACCCCCUCACCCAUCUAACCGAAAAAUGAAAACAAACCCAUCAAAAUCCAAAUUUGCUUUAAUUGCACUUAAAAGUUUUUGAAGACUCAACAUUGAUUACAUCAAACAUUGAUUGUGUAGUCAAUGACUUUGUGAGAUGUUUCAUGGCUUUUAUGCAGCUUUAACCCUUCAACUUCCACAAGUGAUUAACCUGUAACUUCUCCCUAUAAUAUCCAUACAUUAUCCAGCAAACAGGUAAUGAGAAUACUCAGACUUAUCAGGUAGAAGCUGUUACAUUGAUUGAACUCCAAUUUCUCACAACCAAUUUACAAGGAAAUGUGUAGCUGCUAGAGGGGAGAAUUAACAGUCAGAUCUCAGGAGUUUAAGAGUUAAUGAAAGUUAUAAAUGAGAAUUUGACCUUAUUUUGGAUGUUAUAGCAAUUAUCUUAAGUUUGCUAGUGGUAUUAUGACUAAUAUUAUUUAAUUGUAUUAAUGCAUUAUUUAUGACAAUGAAUAAAAAUAUUCCUUCAAAAUAA